AUGAUCACAAUUUGCAAUGACAGUCACAGUGAUUAUUUUAUCCUCCUGGGAUUUUCUAACAAGCCAUAUCUGGAGAAAAUUUGUUUUGGGGUAGCUCUAAUUUUUUAUUGUUUGACUAUUACUGGAAAUGUGGUUAUAAUUAUCAUCUCCUGGAAGGAUCCCAAACUCCAUACUCCAAUGUAUUUCUUUCUUUCCAAUCUUUCCUUUUUAGACCUAUGUUUUACUACUAGCUGUGUUCCACAGAUGUUGGUUAAUUUCUGGGGUCCAGAAAAGACUAUAAGCUAUUUUGGUUGUGCCUUUCAACUUUAUAUCUUCUUAUGGCUUGGAGCCACUGAAUGUGUCCUUCUUGUGGUCAUGGCUGUGGACCGCUACGUGGCAGUGUGCUAUCCACUUCAAUAUAAUACUAUUAUGCACACAAAACUAUGCCUGAACUUAUCCAUUCUGUCAUGGGGGACUGGUUUGGUUCAGUCUCUAAUUCAGUCCCCUACUACCCUCCAGUUACCCUUCUGCUCCCACCAAGAGGUGGAUGACAUUGUGUGUGAAGUGCCAGCCCUAAUUCAGGUCUCCAUUGCAGAUACCACUUACAAUGAAAUACAAAUGUCCAUAGCUAGUAUUAUUCUUUUGGUGGUGCCCUUGAUGAUAAUUCUCUGGUCUUAUGGUUCUAUUGCUAAGACUGUUCUGAAAAUAAAAUCAACUUCAGGGCAGAAGAAAGCAUUUGGCACGUGCACUUCUCACCUCCUUGUAGUCUUCCUCUUCUAUGGCACUGUCACAGCUGUAUAUCUACAACCCAAGAAUAACUAUACUCGUGAACAGGGCAAGUUUUUCACCCUUUUCUACACUGUUGUAACUCCAACUCUAAAUCCACUCAUAUACACUUUAAGGAACAAGGAAGUAAAAGGUGCAAUAAGAAGACUAGGGAGGAGGACCUUGCAUUUCCAGAAUAUCUAG